UAAACCAACAAAUAUCUGAUGGUACACUUUAUGGCAGUCGUCAAGCCACUUCACCUGCUCUCUUUACGACAAUUACCGCUAUCAGUACAUCCGGGGAAUUGCGGACGCGUGGUCAACCUCGCUACAAUCAAGUAUCGUAACCGUGUUGGAAACGCCACAACGAACACCAUGGCAUGGAAGCGUUCCUUCACGGAUGAUAACAAAAGUUUUGAACUUUGGAAAGACUACAUAGGUCUGUCGGAUGUCGUCCGAGAAGUCAUCGGUUCGAAAAACUCCAUCCAAUCUCGCUCUGAGGCCGCUGCGCCACACUCGCAAUAUGGCGUUGGCGGGACUUUUGGAUCUCUUCUCGUUAACGCACUCGCAGAUAGAAGCGACGGCGAGACCAGUGUUCCUGCUCAUCAUGUUGGCUGUUGGAACACGGAACAGCCACCGGAGAGCCUGCGGAAUCUGUUCGCUGAAUUUGCUCAACGGCUUACUGAAGGUGUUUGGGGUGGAGCGACAAGUGGACUGCCGCAGCGGAGAAAUAUGGCGCGUCAGCAGACACCCCAGCUUCCAUCUGGGGGUGUUAGAACCAUGAGGUGCAGCUUUUGUAAACACAACGGAGAAAGCGAAAUGAUCUACACAUCUCACUGGCUGAAAAAUCUCUCUGGAGAAAUUUUGUGCCCGUAUUUGCGCAGGUACGUGUGUCCGCAAUGUGGUGCAACUGGCGCCAAAGCCCACACCAAGAAGUUUUGCCCAUUGGUUGAUCCAACCUACGUCUCGGUCUACAGUCAUCCAGGCGAGAAACUUCCACUUGGCCGCUUUCGCCCAACUAAAUCACAGAACGUCGACAUCCAUGAUUGACUGUGAACUAGUUCAAUGUUUGUGUGCUUUUUGUGGUUCUCGUUUUGAACAUGCACGUGUAUGUUUUGGAGGUGUGAUCACUUUGCAUGCUGUUUGCCACCAUGCUGACUGCCAGGCUCUGUUUGGAAACUUUGCAUUAUUUUAAAAUGUGUUCGGAAUGCUAUUUGAGGAAGAAAACGUGCCAUCACGCUCCCCGUUUCACUUUUACCUAAUCACUUGUUUGUGUGGAAAAAUCUUAUCAUUAAGCAUGUUCUUUUCAGUAUUAUGCAUGUAACUUUGAAAAAUCGAACGCUCUCGUUUGUGAAGCUAAUGUUUUGUGUGCAUUCAUAUAUAAAAAAAAAUUAUGUUGUAAAAAUUUUAUUUGAGGAAGAAAACGCGUAAUCAUGCUCCCCGCUUUGUUUUUACCUAAUCAUUUGUUUGUGUGGAAAAAUUCUAAAACUAAGCAUGUUCUUUUCAGUAUUAUGCAUGUAACCUUGACAAAACGAAUGCUCUCGUUUGUGGAGAUAAUGGUUUGUGUGCAUUCAUAUAAAAACAAGUGUUGUAAAAAUGUUAUUUGAGGAAGAAAAUGCGUAAUCAUGCUCCCCGCUUUGGUUUUACCUAAUCACUCGAUUGUGUGGAAAAAUCUGAUCACUAAGGAUUUUCUUUUCAGUAGUAUGCAUGUAAACUACAGAACUAAAACUCAUCAAUUUUACAAAUAACACCAAUAUCUUUAGUUCAGGUAAUGACAUCCAACAAGUGGAAUCAGUGUUAAAUGAGGAAACAACUUCUCACACACAAAGAACGAAGCAAAACCAAUGUUUAAGACUCUCGCGUUGUUUCCUGACGGAGCAUAAUGUUUGACGAACACGUGACGUAUUGUCCGUCUACUUCCUGUUUUGUUUCGUCUUUGUGAUGUGCAUUCCAGUUCUUUUAAAUGAACUGAAUCUUUAGAAUUAGUUAACUCAAAAGAUUCGUAACACACACACACGCUAAUCUUUUUCUUUUUUUAAUCAAAUAAUCAAAAAUUUCACGCAGGUGCACUUAGGUGACUCAUUCACAAUUUGGUUUUGUCUGAUAUCAGAGAUUAAAUAAAGAAAACCAACUGGCUGAUUGAUUUGUUUUAAUUGAGAGGGAAAAAAAACAGCAAAAGCAUUUCACUAGCUGACCAGGAGAUGGCGACAGCGUGGCAUCUGAAGACCAUGGAUUGUUUGUUCUGCUAUAGCCUAGGUGACUGAUUCACAAUUUGGUUUUGUCUGAUAAUAGAUAUUAAAUAAAGAAAACCAACUGGCUAAUUGAUUUGUUUUAAUUGAGAGAAAAAAAAACAUCAGCAAAAGCAUUUCACUAACUGACCAGGAGAUGGCGACAGCGCGGCAUCUGAAGACCAUGGAUCGUUCUGCUAUGCCGGUUUAAAAAAAAAAAAAAAACGUAAUUAGCUAGGGGUCAAAGGUCAAAGUUUACGGUUCAAAGUUCACCCAGGGGUCAAAGGUCGGUUCAAAGUUCACCCAGGGGUCAAAGGUCGGUUCAAAGUUCACGGGGUCAUGUGCACAUUUUCGAUUUUUAACUAGAGUUGAAAGUUCAGGGUUCAAAGGUCACCCAGGGGUCACCACGGGGUCACCGCGGGGUCACCGCGGGGUCACCGCGGGUUCAAAGUUCAGGGUUCACUUUUUUUUUUUUUUUUUUUAGGUUAACCUUUAUUUAACCCAGUGCUUCUCAAUUAUUUUCUGUUACGCCCCCCCCUAGCAAGAAGAAAACUAUUCGCGCCCCCCCUCCCCACCGUGACUAUCCUAACUUGUCUUGUAAGUCGUAAAAUGUUGCACUGUCGCAAACGUGACAGAAGUAACAAUGAGAGCGCCACUGCCCCCUGCUGUAGUAAACGCGCAAUUACACUUUAUUCUAGUACUGCCAAAAAAAAAGCCUGUUCCCCAGGGUCACACGCGCCCCCCCAGGAAUAGC